CAGAACACGUGGCGGCACUCGUGAAUUGGCAUGACAAAACCCUUCGAUCACAUGCAGCCGCUGUUACGUUGUCCUCGUUUGUGAGGCACUUAUUAUGACGCCGGCCUGAUACUGGCCAGGCUUUCUCUAAGUAGCCGACAGCGAUUGUUCGGCGAGCUUAGGUUCGUCUCAAUAUGGCCUGGCCGUUAUCAGGACGUCUUGUGCUGAACAGUCUUCUCACAGAAUCUUCCAUACCAAUGUCGCGCGCGUUCAUCUCUGCUUCAAAAUCGGAAGCACGGCUCGAGGCUACAAUGCCUCUGCAGUGCGGAGUUGUAUGGGUGAUCCAGAGAUGGGGUUUUGUUCUUGAAGGUCCUCUUUAUGUCUUGCGUUAUUUGGUUUCUAUGGGUGUCUCAUAUCUUACUGCUUGCUGUCGUUCCUGCUAUGCCAUACUUUUAGAUCACUUGAGUACCUGACCGCUCGCUGCUUAGUGAUUACUCGUGUCGAAAAAUGUGCAAAUUCUAAGGAUAGGCACCUC